GCCGCAUCAGUCACUUCCAUCUCACCCUAUAAUUCUCCCUCUCCCCGUACUCCCGCCAUACAGAUGCGGCCGCCGACUGUCUCGCAUUCUGACAUCCUGCAUACAGCCGGCACCACCAAACACAAGCAAAGGAAUCCCGACAACAGCAACGACUCGGGCUCGGACGCUUCAAUCCAAGCACUCGAACACCCACCGGUUGUACGCGGGAGAAAGGAUGCUCCUAUAAUCAUAGACGACUCGGACAGCGAACAAGAUGCCCGUCGGCCAGCGAAGAGAGUGAGACGGGAAGACGCCCAUCCAACGAUCCCUCGUCCGUCUGCGAGACAAGCACCGCCGCCGCAUCGCAACGUCUCUUCGCACGCUCAGGCGCACAGAGUGCACGGAUCUCCUUCAACUGCUGGUCCAUCGGAAGUUUUUUCAGCUGAACGACCUGCACAGCCCGUCGCUGGUCCGCCUAAAAGGCGUUUAGCUGACCAACCUGAACAACCUGUCGCUGGUCCAUCCCGGUUGUAUGCAUCAACAACAGUUUUGAGCCCACCUUCAAUUCGCAGAACGAAGAGCCACGACGGAAAGGUCCACGAGAGCCCUGCUAAAACUCCCCGCGACAAACGGGCUAAACGGGCUGGUUCCCGUGCUCCAGUGCUAUCUGAGACUGUACCGUCCGCACACACCCCUAGGUCGUUUUCCGGCCCCAGCCAGUAUGCUGCACCGGCUAGUUCCCCUGCGCCUCAUGGGCUACCUCCCGUAGAGUAUUUAGACGACGAAGAAGAAUUGCUCGCUCCACCGAAUCAUACUCCUGCCCCCACUUCAUUUCCUGCUGCUCCGGUUGUGUUACCACCAUUAGACCCAGCACAUUCCGAUGUCAUCCUUCGCAAUGUGCUCGAAAUCCUCCCAGACCUCGAGCCGGAAUGGGCUUCAGCGGAGAUUGCCAAAUACCACGCUUCAGGCCAUACCGACAGGCUUGCAGAGGCCAUCGUUGAUCGUGCGCUAGAGCUAAAGGGAGGAUAUCCGAAAAUGAUUGAAAAGGCAAAAGAGAAAAAAAAGGAAGAAAAACCGGACGAUGGCUACAAGUUGAAUACAUAUAGGCAUGCUCAACGGAGCGGACCGCAGUACUAUGCUUUGGCUACCCAAUACCUUGAAGCCGAAUUUUCUCUAAUACCCACUACAUAUAUCCGUUCGACAUUUGUCAAAACUUGUGGGAGUCUUUUCACUCCAGCGUAUUAUCGCCUACUUGCAGACAGCCAAUCAAACCCUAAACCCUAUAUUGAGCUUCAAAAACCUCGAAAAUCAAAAGGAAUUUCCCUAAUGUCGGGUGUCCGUCUCGCGGGUGAUGGAGGAGAAAUGGAAUUUGAGAGAGAACUGGCAUGGCUGGAGGAAAGACUCGCCAAGGAAAACGCAGAAAAGGAGGAAGCAGACAGAAAGCAAAAGAUCAUUGAUGAGGCUGUCGCCAAUGGGCAUGGGAUAGAGUGCGGAUGUUGUUUCGGCGAUGAGAUCUUGGAAAACAUGUUCCAAUGCGCAGAAGGUCAUCUCUUCUGCAAAGAGUGCACCAUGAGGAAUGCGGAGACGAAACUCGGCGAGCAACAAAUCACCAUCACCUGCAUGGAUCUUUCCGGCUGUGAAGCUCCUUUCCCCGAAUCUGAACUUGGCCGUGCUCUUUCCGAUAAAACUUUCAGCUUGUACCACCGCCUCAAACAAGCUAAAGAAUUAGAACUUGCCGCAAUCGAGGGUCUCGAAAGCUGUCCCAGUUGCCCUUAUUCUGCCAUUAUUGAGAAUCCGGAUGAGAAGCUGUUUAGGUGUAUGAACGAGAUUUGCGGGCAAGUCACAUGUAGGAAAUGCAGGAGAAAGGAACAUAUCCCCAAAACUUGUGAAGAGAUGGACAAGGAACGAAAUCUUGACCGCCGACAUGCAGUAGAGGAUGCCAUGUCUACAGCUCUUAUCCGAAAUUGCCCCAAGUGUACAAAACCAUUCAUCAAAGAUUCAGGAUGUAACAAAAUUGUUUGCACGACUUGCAGGACCAUGUCAUGUUACAUCUGUCGUAAAAUCAUUAAAGGCUAUGAACAUUUUGAUCGUCAACGUCCCAAUUAUAAUGCGGCUCCGGACAAAGGAAAAUGUCGUCUGUGGGAUUCUGAUGCCAACCCGGAUGAGGAAGCUAUCAGAGCAGCGAGAGACGCAGCGGCGGCAGAAGUAAUGGCUGCAGCAGCAGCCGAAGGCGAUCAAGUCAAUGCAGAAGAACUCAAUGUUGACAUGCCUGAAGCUCGCCCCGGCCAUUCUGCCAUCGGGAACCGUCACUUAGCAAUACCGGCCAAUAUACCCGAAGCGAAUCGUUUAGCUGCGCUCUUGCCUAAUGAUGUCGAUAUCCAACCUAUACUGCAGCUUGACGCAAGACUGAGACAGUUGCGUCAGGAGCGGGCAGACCGAGCCAACCAAAUUCCGGCCGCUCAGCAGCAUGCUAACGUUGCUUUGAACAAUUAUAAUGGACAUAUCAGACAACACGAGGAAAACAUCGCUCGGAUGAUCAACGCUGCCUUGGCUCGUGCUCGUCCUGGUGCGCCUAUAGUACCACCCGCAGGCCCCGAGUUCAGGCCGGCAGUCCCGGUUAUACCAGCAAGAGCUGCAGCUGAUCCAGCUGCAAGAAUUAUCGCACCUUUGCCGGCGAGAGCGGCAAGAAGAGGUGGAGGUAGAAGAUGAUCUUAUAAAAAAUUAAGUCGCUCUAGAUUAAAAAAGAGUCAUACUGUUGUAGAUCUACUAUACGUAACGUGAUUUUAGCAUUUUUUCUUCUAGGUAUUCACGCUAUGUUCAUUAUCAUUGUUUGGCAUG